AUGUCCACCGAUAAUCCGUUCAAACUGCCUCAGUUUUCAACCGUGUUUGAACUCAAAGAGGCGGAACUUCAAAGAAAGCGAGAGAUAAUUUUUAUAGGGAGUUGUGCCGAUAGAACGACACAUCAGGAGUACAUUGCCAAACAUCGCGAAAUGUUCAUGUUGGAAUAUUCCAUAGCCGUACAGAAUGUGGAAUUGGACAGGUUGAAAGAACUUGCAGAAAGUGAAGAAAGGAAACUAAAUAUUGCAGAACAGUGUCUGGAGCAAGACGCGGCUUUGUUUGACGAGUUCUUAAAAGACAAUGACAAAUCUUCGAUAGAGGCUAUAACCAAACCUCGUUUUCUGCCAUAA